GCAAAAGUUGCAAUCACGGCUUUUUUUGCCCCUUACAAGCAGAUCUGGGGUCGCGCGCUUCUUGCCCCAAGGGCCAGGUUGUUUAGCAACAGGAUGAUUGAUGCUGCAAGCCACGUGUUGACGAACAUCGAGAACACCCCCUCAUCACCUGCAAAGAAAGCCAAAAUUUCUGCUCCUCCUACUGCCGUUACUGCAGCGGCGAUCAGCACUCUUCGUGUGAAGAAGCUGACUCCUGAUGCAACACUGCCGAAGAGGGGUUCUGAGCGCGCUGCCGGCUAUGACUUGGCCAGUGCGUAUGACUGCACUGUACCAGCGCAUGGCAAGGCUGUCGUCAAGACUGGCCUGUCCAUAGCCAUUCCUGCAGGUACCUAUGCCAGGGUGGCGCCCCGCUCAGGCCUCGCAGUCAAGCAUUUCAUCGACACAGGCGCUGGGGUCGUGGAUGAGGACUACAGGGGGGAGGUUGGAGUGGUGCUGUUCAACCACGGCGAUGCAGACUUCUCAGUGAAGAAGGGGGACCGCGUAGCACAGCUGAUCUUGGAGCGCAUCAUGACACCAGAGGUGGAGGAAGUGGAAGACCUGGAUGCCACUCUCAGGGGAGCAGGCGGCUACGGCUCUACCGGAGUCGCCUCUUGAUUACAGUAUUUACAGAGAAUUCGGUUGAAUCUUUUGGCUCGCCACAAGGAGCAAGUAUUGUGACGCAGCACAUAAUGCAUGAGACCAGGAACCAUAUCCAGAAUACUGACUUCCAUCAGUGGACUCCUAAGGAACUCACAGAAACAAUGAACUUGAAAUUGGAGGAACUGCAUCCCAUUCUUGGAGCAUCAAGGUACUGCAGAUGAGUGUGCUUUGAUCAAAUUGAUAAUGCAUGAAUAAUUUUAUCGAUGUGAA